GCAGGAAAUGACGAAAGCAGAGUCGUCCGGGUCCGUUCGGUAACCGGCUCCCGCGCGCCCGGCCCCGACUCCGGGGGAAAGAGUCCCGAGCGGAGCUGCCUGGCCGCGCGCGCCGCCUCUGGAGCCAAAGCAGCUCCCAUGCCUGAGGGUUACGGAGUGAUGGGUGACGAUGAUUCUAUUGACUACAGCGUGCAUGAGGCCUGGAAUGAAGCCACCAAUGUUUACUUGGUAGUGAUCCUUGUUAGUUUCGCUCUCUUCAUGUAUGCCAAAAGAAAUAAAAGAAGAAUUAUGAGGAUUUUCAGUGUGCCACCUUCUGCAGAAAAUUUAUCAGAGCCCAAAUUUUAUGACACAAUAAGCAAAAUUCGUUUAAGACAACAAUUAGAAAUGUAUUCCAUCUCAAGAAAACAUGACUACCAGCAACCACAAAAUCAAAUUGACAAUAUACAACUCUCAUUGGAAUGAAAUCUCAAAAAAUGAACAACAUAAGUAAUUGUUACAAAUCAAGUCCCCAGUGCUUUCUGUUAAAUCAUAAACUGCUUUUUUAAAAGGCCUGAGAACAGAAAACCUUCAUACACCUAGGAAGAUGUAAGCAGAGAGUUGUGAUGGUCAGUGAUCUUACCUUGUGGUAAAAACUUUUCAUUUCUUCAGGAUACAAUCAGGACAAAGAAGAGGAAAAAAAUCACGUCUUUGGAAGCAAGAAUCCAUAGCUUAUGAUACUAGACUUGAAUAUUUUUUUGCUCAAUUGAAAAAAAGAAAAAUUCAGUCAUGGAAAGUACUUGCUCUUACUUUGUAUUGUGUAAUAAAUGUAAUUAAUUUUUUUAUUAAUUUAUUAUUGGAUAGAGACAUACAGAAAUUGAGAGAGACAGAGAGACAUCUUCAGCCCUGCUUCACCAUUCAUGAAGCCUUCCACCUGCAGAUGGGGACCAGGGGCUUGAACCUGGGUCCUUGUGCACUACAGUGUGUGCGCUUAACCAGGUGCACCACCGCCUGGCCCUGAUAAAUGUAAUUUGACUAACAGAUCACCUGUGUCCUUGUUACUGCUGUUACUGUUUAAUUGCAUUAACUAACUUUGCUUCUUCAGAAUUUGCAUAAUUGACUAUCUUUUCUAUGUCAUGAAGCAUAAUCAUUUUGAAGACUUUAUAUGACUGAGAUAUUUCUCCUUAUUGCAUUCCCAGAAACUUAUUAUUAUUAUUUAAUCACACAGUUUCUUUUCUGCCAGAAUGAUCUUCUUAAAGUCAUCCUAUGGUCAUUCUGCUGAAUAAAUGUCAUGUCUAAAUUAGUGUAACUUGCUUAUCCAUGAUAGGACCACCAGUAUUUAAUGUAACUGUCUGAUUACUUAUACUUUUGUAGCAUGAUAAACUUCCCUAACGACUCUCAUAUCAUUUGCCAUUGUAUACUGUACAAUGAAAUUUUUUAUCCUAAUUUUGCAUAUAUAUUUCUACAAUAGUUGGUUGGAGGUUGUGACUAGAAAGGUUGUAACUGUCCAGUAAUUCUUUUCUUUUCCUUUUUUUUUUUUCCACCAGGGUUAUUAUUGGGGCAUGGUAUCAGCACUACAAAUCCAGCACUCCCCAGUGGGUAUUUUUCCUUUUUUUUUUUCUUCUUUCUCUUUUCUUUCUGUUUUGCCUUUGAUAGGACAGAAAGAAAUUGUGAGAGGAGGGGAAAUAGAGAGAGAGAGAAAGAGAGAGAAAGUUAAGACUCACCACUCGUGAAGCUUCUUCCUUGCAAGUGGGGACCAGGGGCUUGAACCCAGGUCCUUACACUUAGUAAUGUGUGCGCUUAACCAGGUGGGCCAAUGCCCAGCCCCCAAUAAUUCACUUUUUAACCAAGCUAUAGUUAUUUUUAAGAAUUAGUGUUUCAAUCAUUAUUUCCUUUUCCCUUUGUAAUUAUGAAGAAUAUAAACUUUAGUGUGUGUACUUAGCCAGGUGAGUCACCGCCUGGCCCCUCAAAUAUAGACUUUAAAUGAAAAAUUUUAGAACAAAUAAAAUCAUUUGGAAAAGUUGCAUUUACUUUCUAAAUCUAAUUAUAUAAAUAAUAAUAUAUAUAUACAUACAUACAUAUAUAUCAAGGUAAAUUAUUGGCCAAAUCAAAUAGUUCUCUCUUACAAAUGAGUUUGAAUUCACUGCCUAUACAUACAUUGUAUGUAUAUGAUCUGUCUGCAAAAUGAAAUUGUAAACAGUCAUAAUUAAGGAACCAGGAUGAGCAGAAUGGCGUGGGGGGACAAUCUUUAUUUAUUUAUUUGUUCCAUUUUGUUGCCCUUUUUUUUUUUUAUUGUUGUAGUUCUUAUUGUUGUUAUUGAUGUCGUUGUUGGAUAGGACAGAGAGAGGAGGGGAAGACAGUGGGGGAGAGAAAGACAGACACCUGCAGACUUACUUCACCACCUGUGAAGCAACUCUCCUACAGGUGGGGAGCCAGGGUCUCAAAUUGGGAUCUUUAUGCCGGUUCUUGUGCUUUGCGCCACCUGCACUUAACCCGCUGUGCUAUCGCCCGAUUCCCAAAUCUUAAAUUUUUAAGAGAAACUAUAUAGUUCCACAAGCAGAGAAUAUGUUUAGGUGAUAGUGGUUUUACUUGGUGUCAGUGGUGAGGCAUGAUCUGGACAAAUUAUAAAAACUGGCAGAUUAUUUGUAAAAUUAUAUCUAUAAAUGCAUUUAACUGAAACUGACUACGUUUUAUUUGCAUCCACUAGUUCAAGAAAUGCAUAACUGAAAACUAGUAGAUCAUUCCCUGAGCAGCAAAUCUUGGCAAGUGAAUGGAUGAAUUCCUCCUAGGUUUUUUUUUUUUUCCUCCAAAACUAGCUGAUGAGAACCACACCCCCCUCUGACAGGAACAACAGCAAGUCCAGCUUUGAAGUUUCUUCAUUGCUUCAACAGCUGAGCUGGGAGAGGGAUGGAAGCCCUGCAGCCACACUUCAAAGCAACACCAGCUGAUUGUCCUGCUUCUGCCCCUGAAUCCACUGAGGAUUCAGUGGAACUGUUUUCUUUGGAAGAGAAUUGGAAUGACUAAUAAACUGGUAACUAACA